AUAAAUACCACACACAGGUUCAGGCGCGCCGCACACUGAAGUUGUCUUGAAGUUGUCACCUGACUGCACUUGAAGUCACCUGUAACACAGCGAGCAUGGCAUCUGUGUCACUGAGCUCCCGCCUCAACAAGGCUGUGCGCCAGCAGUACAUGAACCUGCCGCAAGGGGAGAGAUGCCAGGUCACCUACAUCUGGAUCGACGGCACCGGUGCAGGUCUCCGAAACAAGACGCGAACUCUGGACAGUGAGCCAAAGAGCAUUGAAGAUAUUCCUGAGUGGAACUUCGACGGCUCAAGCACAUACCAGGCCGAGGGCUCCAACAGUGACAUGUACCUUGUUCCAGUCCGCAUGUUCAGGGAUCCAUUCACCCUUGACCCCAACAAACUGGUUCUCUGUGAGGUCCUCAAAUACAACCGCUUACCUGCAGAAACUAACCAUCGAACAAGCUGCAAAAAAGUGAUGGACCAGGUUAAAGAGCACUGCAUUUGGUUUGGGAUGGAGCAGGAGUACACGCUUUUAGGAAUAGAUGGACAUCCUUUCAGCUGGCCUGUAAAUGGAUUCCCAGCACCCCAAGGACCCUACUACUGUGGAGUGGGGGCUGACAACGCUUAUGGACGGGACAUCGUGGAGUGCCACUACAAGGCCUGUCUCUAUGCAGGGAUCAAAAUCUAUGGCACCAAUGCCGAAGUUAUGCCAUCUCAGUGGGAGUUCCAGGUGGGGCCGUGUGAGGGCAUAGAGAUGGGCGACCACCUGUGGGUUGCACGCUUCCUGCUGCAUCGUGUGUGUGAAGAUUUUGGAGUUGUUGCAACACUGGACCCCAAACCAAUGACGGGCAACUGGAACGGUGCUGGUUGCCACACGAAUGUCAGCACCAAGCAGAUGAGAGAAGAAAAUGGACUCCAAUACAUCGAGCAGGCCAUUGAGAAGCUGGGAAAAAGACACAACAAGCACAUCCAAGAGUAUGACCCACGUGGGGGGAAGGACAACAUGAGGCGUCUCACAGGCCUCCACGAAACCUCCAGAAUUGAGGACUUCUCUGCCGGAGUGGCCAACCGAGGCGCCAGCAUCCGCAUCCCUCGCCAGGUGGGCCAGGAAAAGAGAGGCUACUUCGAGGACCGUCGGCCUGCAGCCAACUGUGACCCGUACGCUGUGACCAGAGCCAUUGCAACCACCUGCCUGCUGGAUUCAGAGGAUAAAGUAGAGAGCGAGUAGAAGAAAUGAACCUACUUUGUAGUAAUUUAAUAUGUAGAAAUAUACACCUGCCUGAGCUCACCUGAGUUGGACACUUUAGAAAAAUAUUUAUUUGCUGUUGCGUCUAUAUUAUUUAUCUGAUGUGCACGGACAGCACUGUAAAUGUCCUUAGAAAUGAGAAAUUGAUAUAAUAUUUUUUAAGCAGCUCCGUCAGAACUGGGAAUAAAACCUUUUCUUUUUUUCCUGAGCCUGUGUGCAUAUUGUGCAGCUUUAGUAUGGCUCAUUGUCUCUUAAAACUUGUGUUACAUGUGUUUGUUUGGGUGACGUGAAAUAAAGACAAAAUGGUGCUGUG